GUGUUGACAGAAAGAGCUGAAGGGGAGGCGGGGGAUGGAGGGAGCAAAUUCGGGUGUUGGGGGGCUAAUAACCCUGGAGAAGAGAAGGCUGGACUCCUUCCCCACUAGGAGCCCCCUCCACUCCUGCAGCUGGACUUUUUUCACAGUCUCUCUGUUCCCUGGGUGGGUGGAGAGGUCAAACAAGCUGUUUGGGUGGGAAAAAGAGAAUGGAGGAAGUUGACAGAGAUGGGCGGGGCCCUUGGGGGGGGCUGACCAGGAACCCAGCUUCCUGCUCAGUACCCAAGCAUCCAGCCCCCAGCUCACCCCCACCCCUUUCAGCCCCCACUCCCCUCAGGAACCCAAGGUUCCUUCCCUCCUCCCAAAUCCCAGCCACCCCUCCCCUGUUUCUCCCCACCUGGGGAUGGAGGCUGAGAGACCCCAAGAAGAAGAGGAUGGUGAACAGGGACCCCCGCAGGAUGAGCAGGGCUGGCCCCCUCUGGACUCUACCACUCGGCCUUGGCGAUCUGCUCCUCCAUCCCCUCCUCCUCCAGGGACCCGCCACACAGCCCUGGGGCCCCGCUCGGCCUCCCUACUCUCCUUGCAGACUGAGCUACUUCUGGACCUGGUGGCUGAGGCCCAGUCCCGCCGCCUAGAGGAGCAGAGGGCCACCUUCCAUGCCCCCCCGAACCCCCCAAGCUUAGCCCCAGCUCCACCCCGGCCUCUUGAGGACAAAGAACAGCUUUACAGCACCAUCCUCAGUCAUCAGUGCCAACGAAUGGAAGCCCAGCGGUCAGAGCCUCCCCUACCUCCAGGGGGACAGGAGCUCCUGGAGUUGCUGCUGAGAGUUCAGGGUGGGGGUCGAAUGGAGGAACAAAGAUCACAGCCCCCCACACACACUUGCUGAGACUUGACCCUGCAAUCAGCCCCUCCUCCCUCCUAGGGCUCAAAGCUGGGCAGCUCAUGGCAUGCCCUCAACCCAGCUUAGCAGGGCUACCAACAGAAACUGCAGUAUUCGUCACCCUCGACACCUUCCUUGGGAACUGGAGUGGGUGAAAGUGCUCAAAUCCUGAGAAUAGGCAAGGUAGGAUGGUCAUUUAAUUCCCUCCUCAAGGAUGCUGGAGCUUGAAGCAGUAAGAGGACCCCAGCCACCAAACUCAGGCAGUGGCUGGUAGUCUCUAUCCUGAGCUGUCAAGCUUCUAGACAGGGCCUGCCUGCCCCUGCGAAGAAAAGGCAUAUCUCCCAAGGUACUGAGACAGCUCCACCCUCCCUCCCGGUAAGAAUGGAGGGUGGGCACUGUGUAAGAGAGAUUAAGACACUUCUCCAUCCUCUGCGACCAGCAUGCCCUAGCCCCAAGGCUGAGGGUCCUAGAAGCUGUGAACGGACCUUUAGCCCUGCCCACCCCCACCUUCUGCUGCUCUGAGUCUGUCUGAUGUUUUGGUUGUAUAAAUAAAUGUAAUUCCCCUCUGGAUUGAAGACUGGUAUCUGGUAGGGGGGUAGGGAUGAAGGGUAGGAAGAUAAGGCCAGAGGCAGCCUCUCUUCCCCAGUCUGGCCAGAGGCCAGCUCCCCUCCCUGGCUGGUUAAUUACUGGCUCAUUAAGCAGCGGCUGGAGACCUUCCUAAUUAUCUCCCCCAGCCCCCCUCUCCCGGUUUUAAUUAAGUAGAGCAGGGAGGGGAGUCAUUAGGACAAGAAAUAUGAACUCAGCUGUCUGUGAACCCAGGCAUUCCAGCGGCCAGAGUCCACAUCACCUAGAUCUCGGAUUCAGAACCCAAGUGGCAGGCCGCCCAGCCCCUGCCUUCCCCCCCAUGUCCCCCACUCCGUCCAAGGCCACCGAGGCCCAGCCCCGGGGCCUGCCCAUAUUUUCCCCGACCGACCAGACUCCUCCCCUCGUCCCUCUCCCCUCCUCCACUCGGUCUCAGUUCCUCUGUUUCUGUGUCUCUCUCUCCGCCCCCGACUCCUCCC